CGAGGAGCAAAGUGAAGAAGAAAUAGUAAAAUGCUGCAACCUCGCACAUUUCGCCCUCACAUAACCUUGUCCUCAUCCAACAGCGCCCCCUCCUUCUCCUCCUCCCCAAACCCUAACGACUCCCACCCUUCGCCGUCGCGUCACGUCCAUGGCAAUGGCGUCUCCUCCACCUCCGCUUCCUCCGCCUCCUCCACCUCCUCCAGAUCCCUCAAAACCCCCUCAUCAUUCGCCCACAACUACCGGAUCGCCAUCGCCCUAAUCCCAUCCGCCCUCUUCCUCCUCGACCUCGGUGGCACCCCCGUCGUCGCCACCCUCGUCGUUGGCUUAAUGAUCUCUUACAUCCUCGACGCCCUCAGCCUCAAGCCCGCCGCCUUCUUUGCCGUUUGGUUCUCCCUUAUCUUCGCCCAACUCGCCUUCUUCCUCUCCGCUUCCUCCUCCCUCCUCGCCGCCUUCAACUCCUCCGUCGCCGUCGCUGCCAUCGCCUCCUUCCUCUGCGCCCACACCACUUUUCUCCUCGGCGUCUGGUCCUCUCUCCAGUUCAAGUGGCUCCUCCUCGAAAACCCUUCAAUCGCCGUUGCCCUCGAGCGCCUGCUCUUCGCUUGCCUCCCCAUCUCCGCCUCCUCCCUCUUCGCCUGGGCCGCCAUCGCCGCCGUCGGAAUCAACAACGCCGCCUACUACCUCGCCGCCUUCAACUGCUGCUUCUACUGGCUGUUCUCCGUCCCUCGUGUCUCCUCCUUCAAGACCAAACACGAGGCCAGGUAUCACGGCGGUGAGGCUCCCCGUGAUAGCUUCAUCCUCGGUCCCCUGGAGAGUUGCAUCCACACUCUGAACCUUCUCUUCGUUCCUCUCCUGUUUCACAUUGCAUCCCAUUACAACAUCCUUCUUUCUUCCGCUGCUUCCUUCUGCGACCUCAUCCUCCUCUUCUUUCUUCCCUUUCUCUUUCAGCUCUAUGCUUCCACCAGAGGGGCGCUGUGGUGGGUCACCAGUAACCCCAACCAGCUCCACAGCAUUCGUAUAGUCAAUGGCGCUGUUGCUUUGGUUUUUGUCGUCGUUGCAUUGGAGGUCAGGGUGGUUUUCCAUGCGUUUGGGAGGUACAUUCAGGUGCCUCCGCCGCUGAACUAUGUUCUUGUGACUAUUACCAUGCUUGGAGGGUCUGCUGCUGCCGGUGCUUAUGCCAUGGGUUUGGUUUCCGAUGCCCUCAGCUCUGUUGCCUUCACUACUUCUGCUAUUGUGGUCAGUGCUGCCGGAGCAGUUGUUGUGGGGUUUCCCUUGCUGUUCCUCCCUCUGCCUGCAGUUGCGGGCUUUUAUUUGGCUCGAUUUUUUGAAAAGAAGAGCCUAGUGUCAUACUUUGCUUUUGUUAUUCUAGGAAGCUUGAUGGUGACAUGGUUUGUUCUGCACAACUUCUGGGAUUUAAAUAUUUGGAUGGCAGGGAUGUCCCUUAAAUCUUUUUGCAAACUCAUAAUAGCAAAUUCUGUCUUGGCUAUGGCUAUUCCUGGUUUAGCUCUACUACCUUCAAAGUUGAACUUUUUAUCCGAGGCUGGUCUGAUAAGUCAUGCGCUGCUCUUAUGCUACAUUGAGAACCGGUUUUUCAAUUAUUCUAGCAUCUACUAUUAUGGAUUUGAGGAUGAGGUUAUGUAUCCUAGCUAUAUGGUUGUGAUGACAACUUUAUUGGGUUUGGCUUUGGUGAGAAGGCUAUCCGUGGAUAAUCGAAUUGGUGGAAAAGCAGUUUGGAUAUUGACUUGCCUCUAUUUUUCAAAGAUAGCCAUGUUGUUUAUUUCAUCAAAGUCUGUUGUAUGGGUUUCAGCAGUUCUCUUGUUGGCUGUUUCCCCUCCGUUGCUUCUUUACAGGGAGAGAUCUAAAACAACUUCUAGGAUGAAACCAUGGCAAGGUUAUGCACAUGCCUCUGUAGUUGCCUUGUCUGUAUGGUUCUGCCGUGAAACAAUUUUUGAAGCUCUUCAGUGGUGGAAUGGAAGGUCUCCUUCUGAUGGUUUAAUUUUGGGAUUCAGUAUACUGUUGACUGGAUUGGCUUGUGUUCCAAUUGUUGCUAUUCAUUUCUCACAUGUUUUGUCUGCCAAAAGAUGUCUAGUGCUGGUAGUCGCGACUGGUCUACUUUUUAUUCUGAUGCAGCCCCCUCUUCCUGUGUCAUUGACUUACCAGUCAGACCUGAUCAAGACUGCCCGUCACUCUGCUGAUGAUAUCUCAAUUUAUGGAUAUACAGCUGGCAAGCCUACCUGGCCUUCUUGGCUUCUCAUUAUUGCAAUUUUGCUGACUCUGGCAUCAGUUACAUCCAUUAUACCCAUCAAGUACAUUGUUGAAUUACGGACAUUUUACUCGAUUGCAAUGGGGAUUGCCCUUGGUAUUUACAUUGCUGCUGAAUACUUUCUCUGGGCUGGUGUUCUGCAUGUUCUCAUUGUUGUCACUAUGGUUUGUGCCUCUGUUUUUGUUGUCUUCACUCAUCUGCCCUCUGCUACAAGCACAAAGGUUUUACCCUGGGUGUUUGCUCUACUUGUGGCUCUCUUUCCUGUUACAUAUCUUUUGGAGGGCCAACUGAGAAUUAGAAAUAUUCUUGAAGAAAGUGAGCUGGGAACUUUGGGUGAGGAGGAGAAGAAGCUUACAACAUUGCUUGCAAUUGAGGGUGCCCGGAUAUCUCUUCUAGGUUUGUAUGCAGCAAUCUUCAUGCUUAUAGCUUUGGAGAUAAAGUAUAAACUUGCUUCCAUUUUGCGGGAGAAGGCUAUUGAUUCAGGUGGAGUCAGACAAAAUCAUUCUAGUCAAAGUGCAUCUUCAAGUUUCCUGCCAAGAAUGAGGUUUAUGCAGCAUCGUCGGGCUACUACAGCACCAUCCUUUACAAUAAAGAGGAUGACUGCAGAUGGAGCCUGGAUGCCUGCCGUUGGCAAUGUUGCCACGGUAUUGUGCUUUGCUAUAUGUCUUGUCCUGAAUGUUAAUCUUACCGGUGGCUCAAACCGUGCCAUAUUUUUCCUGGCUCCUAUCCUUCUGCUGCUUAAUCAGGACUCUGAUUUUGUUGCUGGUUUUGGGGACAAACAUAGAUACUUUCCUGUUUCUGUAGUCAUAUCAGCCUACUUUGUUUUAACUAGCCUCUACAGCAUUUGGGAAGACGUUUGGCAAGGAAAUAGUGGAUGGGGUCUUCAAAUUGGUGGACCAGACUGGAUUUUCGUGGUGAAGAAUUUGGCCCUUCUCAUUCUUACAUUUCCCAGUCAUAUACUUUUCAACAGGUACGUGUGGAGCCAUACGAAGCAAAGUGACUCACCCCCGUGGAUAACUUUGCCUCUUAAUUUGCUUCCCAUUGCAUGUACAGAUGUACUCAAGAUUAAGAUCUUGGGUAUAUUAGGAGUUAUAUAUUCCUUGUCUCAGUAUCUAAUUACUAGGCAACAGUAUAUCUCUGGUCUAAAAUACAUCUAAACAACCGUCAUAUAUUCUGUACGAUAUGUUUGUCAAUUUAGGUAUUGAUGCACAUGCUUGUCUUGCCUAAAUUUGUAUGAGGAAUAUGGUGAAAUGCAUUUUUGUUAUUACUUUUAACCCAUCCUGAAAAUUUCAAAUCGGUUUACCUUGAUAAGUUAUAGUUUGGCUACUUAUGUCGUAGUGUGGUUUUACGCUUCUUUGGAAAUCAAUCGAAUCGAUAUGAAAAUUAUGAUUUA